UUCGCUCAGAACAGGACAAAAAAAAAUAGAGUAGGUUUAUUGCCGGAAAUACAACAAAAAAAAACUUUAAUGUAUUAAAUACACUCGGUCGUUGACGAAUUUGUGUUGAGUGUUGUUUAUUUCGUAUAAAACCUUUACAAAAAUCGUAAAAAGAAAACAUCUUGUUUUGGGUGCCGGUUUAAACAGAUUAAUACAAAAAAAAAAAAAACAAUUUCCGGGCGCAGCACACAAUAUCUGGGAACUGGGUAGACCUGAUCACCAAAUAUGGCUUCUCUAUACGUCGGUGAUCUCCACCAGGAUAUCACAGAAGCGGGACUUUUUGAGAAGUUCUCGUCUGCUGGUCCAGUGCUGUCCAUUCGAGUCUGCCGCGAUGUGAUGAGCCGUCGCUCGUUGGGCUAUGCCUACGUCAACUUCCAGCAGCCAGCCGAUGCUGAGCGUGCUUUGGACACGAUGAACUUUGACCUGCUUCGCAACAAACCCAUUCGCAUUAUGUGGUCGCAGCGCGAUCCUUCACUUCGCCGCUCCGGAGUCGGCAAUGUGUUCAUCAAGAACCUGGACAAGGCCAUCGACAAUAAGGCCAUCUACGACACUUUCUCCGCCUUUGGCAACAUCUUAAGCUGUAAGGUCGCCACCGACGAGAAGGGCAAUUCCAAGGGCUACGGCUUCGUUCAUUUCGAAACCGAGGAGGCCGCCAACUCAUCCAUUGACAAAGUGAACGGCAUGUUGCUCAACGGUAAGAAGGUAUACGUGGGCAAGUUCAUUCCCCGCAAGGAGCGCGAGAAGGAGCUGGGCGAGAAGGCCAAGCUCUUCACCAAUGUCUACGUGAAGAACUUUACCGAGGAGUUUGAUGACGAGAAGCUCAAGGAGUUCUUUGAGCCCUAUGGCAAGAUCACCAGCUAUAAGGUCAUGUCUAAGGAGGAUGGCAAGAGCAAGGGUUUUGGCUUCGUUGCUUUCGAAACCACAGAGGCUGCCGAAGCCGCCGUCCAGGCCCUUAACGGCAAGGACAUGGGCGAGGGCAAGUCCCUGUAUGUGGCCCGUGCCCAGAAGAAGGCCGAGCGCCAGCAGGAGCUGAAGCGCAAAUUCGAGGAGCUUAAGAAGAAGCGCCACGAUUCCGUGUUUGGGGUCAACCUGUACGUGAAGAAUCUGGAUGAUUCGAUCGAUGAUGAGGUCCUCCGUACGCAUUUCUCGCUGUUCGGCACCAUCACAUCGGCCAAGGUCAUGACCGAUGAGGAGGGUCGCUCCAAGGGAUUCGGCUUUGUGUGCUUUGACUCGCCCAACGAGGCCACUUGCGCCGUGACCGAAUUGAACGGUCGCGUCAUUGGUACCAAGCCACUGUACGUAGCUCUGGCCCAGAGGAAGGAGGAGCGCAAGGCUCACCUCGCCUCGCAGUACAUGCGUCACAUGACCGGCAUGCGUAUGCAGCAGCUGGGGCAGAUCUUCCCGCCCAACACGGCUGGCGGCUUCUUUGUGCCGACCCUUCCGACAGGCCAGCGUUUCUACAGUCCCCAGGUGGCCACCCAAAUGAGAAACACACCGCGCUGGGCGCCCCAGGUACGUCCCGCCGCCGCGGUGCAGAACGUGCAGGCCGGCGCUGCCGCCGCCGCUGCUGGAGGCUUCCAGGGCGCAGCCGGAGCGGUUCCUACUCAGUACCGCUCGGCUGCUGCCGGAGCACGCGGUGCCCAGCCCCAGCAGGUGCAGGGCACGCACGCCGCCGCUGCUGCCGCCGCUGCCGCGGCUAACAAUAUGCGCAACACAGGUGCACGGGCCAUUACCGGCCAGCAGACUGUGGCUGCCCCGAACUUGCAGAUUGCCGGCGCUCAGAUCCCUGGCGGCGCCCAGCAGCGUGCUUCCAACUACAAGUACACCUCGAACAUGCGCAAUCCCCCAGUGCAGCAGUUGCAGCAGGCUCAGCCAAUGCCACAGCAGUUGCAAGGAAAGAACUCCGAGAAGCUCAUUGCCUCGUUGCUGGCCAAUGCCAAGCCGCAGGAGCAGAAACAGAUCCUCGGCGAGCGUCUUUACCCGUUGAUUGAGCGCAUGCACGCAUCUUUGGCUGGAAAGAUCACCGGCAUGUUGCUGGAGAUCGAGAACUCUGAGCUACUCCACAUGCUUGAGGAUCAGGAUGCGCUCAAGGCCAAGGUGGAGGAGGCGGUCGCGGUGCUUCAGGUGCAUCGCGUCACCGAGCCUGCCAACUAAGCUCGAACAAUAACAAACACAAAACAAGCAAGCGGAUGAAAAUUGUACAAGAACACUCGACAUCCAAAAAUUUUCCUCUUUCACUUUCAAUUCAUUUACAAAAACAACGCAUUCACUACUGCUGAUGUUAGUAGUGGAGCAAGCAUAAAAGGAACGCCACACAACACCAGAAGAACAAAAGAACUCUGGCUUUUUUCAUUUCAAAUCCUAGAAGACACCAGCAAAAACAAUUUCAAUCAUUUAAUUUCGAACGCAUUUAAGCAAGUACACACAUCAAGCAAGGGAGAGAAAAAAAGUAAUCAAGGAGGCAAGAAUUCUUUUAUACAGAACCGAGCUUCAUUUGCUAGAGAAAAGCGGAAACAAUUUUUCCUGCUAAGACCGAUUCAACUUAUUUUGUAUAACUGAAAAUCCUUGCAAAAUAAAACGAUUAAAAAGCAUAAAUGUAGUGGAAACACUUUCAGGCAUUAACUGAAAUGAAAUUGUAUUUGAAAAAUGUCAACGACACGCGUUUCUAGAGACAGAUUGAGUUUUUCGUACACUUUUUCCUACCACAAAAAAAUAACAACACGAAAGCGAAAUGUAAUUUUUUUAAAGUCCCUUUUCUCCAAAAAGAAAGAAACGCGACAAGAACCACAACAACACCAACACACUUUUAAAAAAGCAAAGAAAACAAAACAAAAAAAUUGCAAAAAAGUUAAAAUAAAACGAAAAAAUGUAAAUGCAAACUGUGCAGAUAAAUAUGAGAGAAGAAAAGUUGAGGAAAAGAUAAAGAUAAAACCGCAAGAAUAUGAGAGUCAAGUUUUUGCUACUUUGAGAAAAAAGAAAAGAAGAAAAUACAAGAAGAAAAACCAACAGCAGAAGAACCAUGUGUGAAAACCAUGAUGUUGCUAAAUGAAAACAAAAACAAA